GGCUACGACCGGUCAUCAAAUGCACAUUCAGCUCAAUUGCUGAGGAAUCUGUGGUUGGGGGCAGCUAUCUUUAGGUUGCCACUUGAUCGGUUAAGUAGGGGACCUGCCGGACACAUUUAUUUUUAGAAAAUAAGGUGUCGGUCAGACACAUGCUGUGGUAGGACUCCAGCAGGGAGUUGUAGUGCAGAUAGUGUUUGCCUAGCUGAUGAGUGGGUCAGACUCCGAUGAGGGUAGAGUUGACGAUACGAGGCUGACACGUUCGAGAUCAUGUAGGGUCCCGUACGUAUUUCAGUUCCUACAGUCGGGAGACGAAAGACGGCUUCGUGUCGAAGUUAGAGCCCGUGCUUACGCAGCAGCCAGGGAAGCAGCACUAACUGCAAGUCAGGCGUUAGCAGCAGCAAAUGCCGCAACUAGGGAACAGGCAACAGCAACGGCCAGCGCAGCAGCAAUGGCUACCGCCGCAACAUCCUCAACUGCAUCCUCGUCUGGGACCCAAUUGGGAAUGCCCCAUGGGCCCACGGGUACUUCUGGAUCAGUAGGUUCCAGUCACUCCACUAGUCAAAUGACGGGUUCGCAGCUCAGUCCGUUGACCCCACGCGGGAGGGAGCUACAAGAGCUCCAACAAGUUGAGAGGAUCCGCACACGGUUAGAGAGGGAACUGAAGCAAGCUACCAAUAUAAAAAAUGAGAUUAUAAAUAGAACAACCAGGCUAGAUACAUUUGAGGCAGACAAAGCUGCAUUAGAGGAGUUAGAUGAUUCAACAAUGUUUGACGCAAUGAAAGUGUUAAGGUCCAGCAUACUGUCACUGCAUGCGUAUGUAGACAGCAGGCUGGACUUCAUGCAGAACUCCUUGGACCAAAUCUUGGACCUUUUGCAAAGGCUAGGAUUACGGCCAGCAGCACAGUCGCCGUUGUCGUUGACGGCGAUGUCAAGCCCCUUUCCGAUACAAACUGGCACACAACCAAGUGGUACGUCUGCAGCAGCUGCACAGACUGUUGCUUCUACUUCUUCUGGUCCAGCGGCUGGAGCUACACCACAGCCGCAACAAUUUAUUCCACCGCAGGGACGACAGAAAAGUCCAUGGUACCCAAAGACCCCGAUGAAGCCACCCCUUGCUUUCUCCGGUGAGAAGAAGGAUGAGGAACUCAACACUUGGUUGAGGACGGUUUCGAUGUGGGUAAGGGCAAAGAGGACGUUGCAGGAGGAGGAGGUGAUUACUGUUGCAUCUUACCUUGAGGGUGCAACACCUAAUAGACCAGUAGCAUCUACUUUGGCAAAUAAGGAGCGCAUGGUUGUCACAUACUAUGUCAAGGAUGUAGUCUGCACCUUCUCCUAUGGAGGAGGGGAACUUAAUCACAAGAUUUCGUUCCUGGUUAGCGACGACUUACCAUUUGAUAUGCUGUUAGGAAUGUACUACCUUGAGGUUGCCAACCCCCAGUUUGACUGGGACAAGAAGGUGCUCAAGCAUGAGUUGCCUGAUGGAAGGACCUGGAUACAGACACAGCCUGUUCUCUCCGAUGCCCUCAAGCGAUGGAUUGAAGUCAUAGAGCAAUAUGACUUCGAAAUCGAUUACUUGAAGAGGGAGUAUAACAAGGUUGUUGACGCACUGUCGCGUAGGGCGUAUUACCUCGGGGCUUUAGUCACUAAAUUCGACAUUUCCGACGAUGUGACUCGAUCGCUGGAGGAAGCUUAUCGGAAAGACCAUGUCACGAUGGACAUCAUUCACAAAUUGCAGGUCAAAGACAAGGGCACAGAAGAAGAGUUUGUGAUGGUGGAUGGGUUGCUUUUUUUGAGAAAGGAUGGGAUUGAAAGAUUCGUUGUUCCAUCUAGUAAGAAUUUGCGCAUUUUAUUUUUAGGUGAAUGCCAUGAUGCAACUGGACAUUUUGGCUACAAAAAGAGCAGUGUCAAUCUAGUACAACGAUUUUGGGGGCCCAGUAUGCUAGAUGAUGAAAAGAAGUAUGUGGAGACCUGUGAGGUCUGUCAGCGGGACAAGCUGCGAACUCAAGCACCGCUUGGGUUGCUGAAGCCCUUGCCCAUUCCCGCUGGUCGGGGACAGAGUGUUUCCAUGGAUUUCAUGGACACCCUGGUAACCAGAAGGAGCGGCAAGAGACACAUCUUUGUCAUCAUAGACAGAUUCACCAAGUAUGCUAAACUGAUUGUCAUGCCAGAGACUGCGAGGACUGAGCACGUCAUCAAGUUGUUUAUGGACAACUGGGUGCGUGAUUUUGGACUACCAAAGUCAAUCGUUAGUGACAGAGAUGUCCACUUCACAAGUGAGUUGUGGAAGAAGACUGUUGAGCAAAUGGGCAGUCAACUUCAGAUGACUUAUGGGAAUCAUCCCGAAGCCAACAGACAGGCCAAACAGAUGAACAAAGUUGUGCAACAUCUGCUGAGGCACUACAUUAAGCCCAACCAGGAUGACUGGGAUGAGAAAUUGCCUCUCAUCGCCAGCCUGUACAACAAUGUUGUGCACAGCACAACCAGCGUUAGUCCUAACCAGCUGCACUUGGGAUGGAAGCCUAGCUCCGCUCUAGACUUCCUCCUACCUGAAAACCAACCUGCUGCAACACCCGGCACCUUGGAAUUCGGGGUGCAGUAUGAGAAGUUGAAGCUGUCGAGCACAUCAAGAAAUCUCACGAAGCAAUGAUUGCUUCUGAGAACAAACAUCGUCGACCGUC